AUGAUCCGGAUUGGCUACAAGCGAUGUGAGUAUGAUUGUUGUGUUUAUAUGAAGAGCCUUGAUGAUGAUUCAUCUAUUUUUCUGUUACUUUAUGUGGAUGAUAUGCUGAUUGUUGUUAAGAGUAUGAGUGAUGUCAACAAGUUAAAGACUUUGUUGAGCAAAAAAAUUGACAUGAAGGAUUUGGGUGCAGCCAAGAAGAUUCUUGGGAUGGAGAUUCACAGGGACAGAACUUCUAGGAAAUUAUGGCUAUCUCAACAUAACUAUGUUGAGAAGGUGUUGGAUAGGUUCAGCAUGGGUACUGCAAAACCAGUAAGUACACCUUUGGCAAAUCAUUUCAAAUUGUCUACUGCUCAGUGCCCGAAAACAGAUGAUGAAGUUCAAGACAUGUCAAAGGUUCCAUAUGCCAGUGCAGUAAGGUGUUUGAUGUAUGCUAUGGGUGAUCAUUUAGUUGUCGGAUAUGUGGAUGCAGACUAUGCAGGGGACUUGGAUGAUAGGAGGCCUACCACAAUGCCUGAGGCUGCUAAGGAAGCUUUGUGGCUUAUAGGGUUGGUCAAGGAGCUAGGUACUAGAUGGGAGACGUCCCAACCUAUUGCCCCAGUUGGAGUUUCAGGAUAUGCUUUAUUUUCUCCUAAGGGGUGGAUAUUCGCCAAGGUGGAGAUUGUUGAAGUAUAUGGCUCAUACACUGAAAGCAGGCAGAUGCUGGAGCGUAGCAUAGCGGAGGGAAAUGGGAGUAAGAAAAGAACUGGAUGUAGUUGGUUCGAGUUUGGUGAUGAGGUUCACAAGUUUUUGGUUGGGGAUGUAUCACACUCACAAAGUGAGCAGCUCCAUGGAUUUCUUGAAACCCUAUCAAAGAGGAUGAGAAAGGAGGGGUAUGUGCUUGAUAAUUCUUGUGUGCUUCACAACGUUGAUGAAGAGGAGAAAGAAACUUUACCAUGUGGACACAGUGAGAAAAUGGCAAUAACUUUUGGUAUUCUUAACACCCAUCCCGGAACUACAAUUAGAGUUGCCAAGAACCUUAAGAGUAUGUAA